AUGGCCAAACGCGAUUACUACGAGGUUUUGGGGGUAGACCGGUCCGCGGAGCUCGACGAGAUCAAGAAGGCGUACCGCAAGCUGGCGGUGCGUUACCACCCGGACCGCAACGCCGGCGACACUCAAGCCGAGGAGCGCUUCAAGGAGGCAACCGAGGCGUACGACGUGCUGGCAAACCCGCAGAAGCGGCAAGCGUACGACCAGUUCGGUUUCGCCGGGGUGGACGGCAUGGCCGGCGGCCAGGGGCACGACUACUCACACGUCUUCCGCGAUUUCGAGGACGUCUUCGGCGAUGUCGGCAGCAUCUUCGACUCUUUCUUCACGCGCACCGAUCGCAGGCGUGGAGGCGGGCGCGGCGGCGGUGCCGGCCGGGGCGACGAUCUGCGCUACGAUCUGCGCAUACCGUUCGAGCAGGCGGUGUUCGGUACCAAGGCGGACGUCGCCUAUCGCCGCCAGGAAGCGUGCUCCCGGUGCGACGGCAGCGGCACGGAGGGCACCACCGCCCGCAGCAUCUGUCCGACGUGCGGCGGAUCCGGCCAGGUGCGCCGCAACUCGGGGUUCUUUUCCAUCGCCACGUCCUGUCCGUCGUGCGGCGGCGAGGGCGAGGUGAUCGAAAACCCCUGCCGCGCAUGCCGCGGUACGGGACGCGAGCAAAAGGAGCGAAGGCUGCGGGUGACCAUUCCGGUCGGCAUGGAGAACGGCAAGCGCAUUCAGCUCACCGGGCAGGGAGACGCGGGAAUCGGCCGCGCGCCGGCCGGCGAUCUCUACGUGUUCGUGCACGUGGAACCGCAUCCGUGCUACCAACGCCAUGGUGACGAUCUGUACUGCGUGAUUCCGUUGGCAUUUACUCAGGCCGCCCUGGGAACCUCGAUUCUGGUGCGCACGCUCGACGAUCGCCGGAUCCGGGUGAAGGUGCCGGCCGGAACUCAGCCGGCAAAACUGCUGCGCGUGCGCGGCGAGGGAGUGCCGCACCCGGACAACCCCGGACGUCGCGGCGAUCUGUACAUCAAGGUCGCGGUGACGGUGCCCGAUCGGCUCUCGUCACAUGCCAGGAAACUGCUCGGCGAGGUCGCUGAGGCGGUCGGAGAGGAGUCCAGCCCCGAGCCGGUGCCGCUUGCGGAACUGGAGUAG